AUGGGUUUUGCUCCCCGAGGUGGACGAGGCGGCGGUGGCCGUGGAGGUGGAGGUAACUUCCGUGGUGGUGAUCGCGGCGGUCGUGGUGGCAGUCGAGGAGGCGCUCGAGGUGGUGCCCGUGGCGGCUUUGGCGCUCCCAGAGGCAGAGGUGGUCCGCGAGGUGGUGCCAGAGGUGGACGAGGAGGCCGAGGCGGCGGUAGAGGCGGCGCAGCUGGCGCCAAGGGAGGCAAGAAGAUGGUCAUCGACCCCCACAGACACAAGGGUGUCUUCAUCGCGCGAGGUGGAAAAGAGGAUCUUCUGGCGACCCGCAAUCUGACCCCCGGCGAGUCUGUCUACGGCGAGAAGCGUGUCGCUAUCGAGACACCCGGCAACGACGAGGACGAGAACCCCACCUCCACCAAGGUCGAAUAUCGUGUGUGGAAUCCCUUCCGAAGCAAGUUGGCUGCUGGUAUCCUCGGUGGUCUCGAGACGAUCUACAUGGGCCCAGGAAAGAAGGUUCUGUACCUCGGUGCCGCUUCUGGAACUUCCGUUUCUCACGUUGCCGACAUUGUUGGCCCCACUGGUGCAGUCUACGCCGUCGAGUUCUCUCACAGAUCCGGCCGUGACCUGAUCAACAUGGCAACUCGCCGCACCAACGUUGUCCCCAUUGUCGAGGACGCCCGUCAUCCCUUGAAGUACCGAAUGCUCGUCCCAAUGGUCGACUGCAUCUUCGCCGAUGUCGCCCAGCCUGACCAGGCCCGUAUCGUCGCUCUGAAUGCUAGUCUCUUCCUGAAGCGCGGUGGUGGUAUGCUCAUCUCCAUCAAGGCCAACUGUAUUGACAGCACUGCGCCUCCUGAGCAGGUGUUCGCCCAUGAGGUUGAGAAGCUGAGAUCAGAGAAGUUCUUCCCCAAGGAGCAGCUUACGCUAGAACCGUAUGAGCGUGAUCACGCCAUGGUCUCCGCUGUCUAUCUGCAGAAGGAGUUUGAGGGCUAA